UACCGAUUCCAGUUGCGCAAAUCGGUUUUAAGUGGAGAUGGUCUGAAGAGCAUCGAUGGUUAUUGGUUCAUAAGUUUGUGGACGAUGAGAAACCGAUUUAAAGCUCAAAUCGGUAAUUCGUUCAUCUCCAGAAUGAUUGUAGAAAGUCUAUGAGUUGACUUCAUGGAGGGAGUUGAAGUUGAUGGUGGAGAUGCAGUUCAAUCACCACUAGCUAAGUGGAAAAAUGAAGUUUCUAGGACAUUUCUUUACUAUUUGGAUAGGUCUGCUCCGUAUACAUUCCGCAGGUGGCUCGGAACACUGGCAGCUGCUUCAAUAUAUAUAUUGCGUGUUUACUAUGGUCCUGGAUUUUACGUUAUCUCAUAUGGCGUAGGAACCUAUAUUUUGAAUUUGUUGAUUGGAUUUCUGUCACCAAAGGAGGAUCCUGAGCUGGAGGCUCUGGAUGGUGCUUCCUUACCACCUAAAGACAAUGAUGAAUUUAGGCCUUUUGUUCGCCAGUUGCCUGAGUUUUUGUUCUGGUAUGCAACCACAAAAGCUUUCAUUGUAGCCUUCUUGAUGACCUUCUGUUCUAUAUUUGAUGUCCCAGUAUUCUGGCCAAUAUUGUUAUGCUACUGGAUUUUUCUCUUGGUCGUCCUCACUAUGAGGCGUCAGAUCACACACAUGAUUAGAUACAAGUAUGAUCCAUUAAGGAAGAAGAAGUAUUCUGGGAGUAAAUCUGAUCGAAGCAGUAGUUGCUUAAUGGGGACUAAUGUCAGGACCGAUCCUGGUAUCUUUUCAAGGGUAGCGAAUGUCCCCUCCUUUGUUCUGAAGAACUCAUGUAAAUAUUAUUAUUCUUGUUGAACAUGUAUCUCAUGCAUAUGUAAAUGUUGCGAGAUAUGUAGAUUUGCUUCCUGCAAAUUUAGAGAGUUAGCAUGAACUCUUUUGUUGUUUCCUUUUGAUUUCUUACAAGGAUUCAGGUAUUCUAGUAGGAUAAAAACUCUGUUAUUAUCAUCAUUGCAACAAAAAUUAGGUGUUGUUUUCUCCCUCGAAAGUUGCUCCACUUUAGGGCUUAUGAUGACCUCCAAUCUUAGUUCUCUGGAUCAAGUGCAUGUGCAGGACAAGGACAGGAAAUAACAAUUUGUUGUUAGAAUGAACUAUCCAAUUGUAUUGCAUCUGUUGCUGUCAUUAAUAUGUAUGUGAUGCAAGAUAAACUUUUGCAGUAUGUGGUGUCGUUGUAGAAAAUUUUGAUUGAAUUC